CUAUAGAACUCCAGCGUACCUACCUACCCCCCUGGGUCUAUGUCUAUAUGCUCCAAAUAUACUCGAUAGAACUACCGUAGUGAAGUGCAACAUGGAGGCAGGUGAUGAUGGUGGGAUGGCGCGUGAUCGACCCAAUAGCUUUUUAGUGAAUGUGGACGGGAUAAACGGCAAUUUGACUCCGGCCAGCUCGACUUCUAGUCUGAGUGAGCUGGACAAUGCCAACACGGACAGUGAUAACAACGAGGUGCGCCAGUGGCAUCGUCCGGCCAGUGGGCGCAGUCUUGGUGUUGCUGCCCCAGACGACGACAGUGAUCAGGAAAUACUCGAGCUUUCAAAACUUAGGUGCAGCGGUGAGAGGACAGAAGUGGCACAGGAGCGUGUCAGCAGGCGAAACAGGUGCGCUGAUUACCCGGGAUUUGCGUUUGGAUCUUCUAUGUUCAGCUCAAACACUAUGAUGAAACUCAGUGUUAUCAAGAAUGAACUCCAUAAUAUAAUGACGGUGCAGCUGAAGAGGGCUGAGGGCGAGGUGUCGGCUCUGGGCCGCCGCAUCCAGCUGCUGGAGGAGGACCUGGAGCGCUCCGAGGAGCGGCUCGCCAUCGCCACCACCAAGCUGGCCGAGGCCUCCCACUCGGCCGACGAGUCCGAGCGGUACGUAUCCUCCUCUCAGCCGCUCAGCCGGUACAGCGGCCAACCAGUCGGGCUGCCCCAUAGCCAGGCACCCGACGCACGUCCCGUGAGCUCUCCUCCCGGUCAGGGCGGACGCCUGACUGCCCGGCGCCGCCGGCCGCUCCGCUGA